AUGUCGACCAAUGCAAGUCGUGACGAGAAGAUCACUGGUACUGACGUCGAAGGAGACGAGACUCGCAUAAGCUCACCUCCCACUGGUGCGGACGUCGUGGAUCGGGUUCCACGUAUCCAUGCAAAGACGAUUAUUCUAGUAUUUUCCGUAUAUCUUGCGUACCUUGCGGGCGGAUAUAAUAUCGUCGUCGCUGGAGCCUAUGGGCGUGACGUAGGCAUCGAGCUUGGUGGAGAAGCACAGUCAAUUUGGCUGCUCCAGAGCGGAACAAUCAUCAUCGCCGUCCUCAGUCCGGCCAUUAGCGAGGCUGCAGACUUGUGGGGCCGAAAAUGGCUCUUGGUAGGGCUGUCAGUUCUGGGUGUGAUCGGAUGCGUAGUCACCGGCUCCGCGAGCUCAAUGGCAACGGCAUUAGGAGGGCAGAUUCUUUCCGGCAUCGCCUGCGCUUCCCAACCACUUGUGCAUGCCAUUCCAUCAGAAGUCAUCCCCCGUCAAUUCCGGGCAUUUGCACAAGCUGGUGUAAAUAUCUCAAUUGGAUUGUCCGCGGUAAUCGUGCUUUUGGCGGGUGGGGCACUUACAAGAAAUGGAAAUCAUGCUGGAUUCAGAGUUCUCUUUUACAUAAACGCGGGACUCUUUGGAGCUGGAGCUCUUGCUGUUGCCCUACUUUACAAUCCUCCUCUAAGAGAAACCCAGACUGCUUAUACACAACGACAAAAACUCGAACGUCUCGAUUGGAUUGGACUUUUUCUGCUCUCGAGUGGGCUGACACUCUUCUGCAUGGCUCUGGUGUGGUCGCAGAACCCCUACUCGUGGAAGGACGUCCAAAUUCUUGCUCCAUUUAUCAUCGGCUGCUUCUUGCUCUUAGCGUUAGCCGCCUAUGAAGUCAGAGGAAGAAAAGACGGAAUGUUCCACCACGAGUUGUUCAAUCGUGGGCGGAAUUUCGGGCUGUCGAUUGUCUGCAUCUUCGUGGAGGGUAUGGCAUUCUUCGCGGUGAACAAUUAUUUCGCAUUCGAGACCAGUACACUCUAUGAGCAUGAUGCGCUUUAUGUCUCUCUGAGGUUCAGCAUUUGCUUCUUUACUUUCACCGUCUCCACUGCUCUUACUGGCUUCUACUGUACUUGGACAAAAGCAGUACGGUUCCCAGUAUUGAGUGGAUUCGGAUUGUUUACCAUCUUCAUGGUAGUCAUGUCGACUGCCGAAAUCGGAAGCAAAACUGCUCUCUGGGGCUACCCAGUGCUCUUCGGGAGUGGAUUGGGUAUCCUGCUGAAUACUCUAAUGACUGCUGCUCAACUCGGUACACCACCAGAGCUCAUUGCCUCAGCUUCCGGUCUAAUCAUCAGUACGCGAAGCAUUGGCGGCAGCGUCGCUCUGGCGAUAUACAAUGCAAUAUUCACACAAGGCCUAUCUUCAAAUCUGGCUUCAAAGGUCCCCGCAGCCAUGUUACCUCUUGGAGUUCCGCCAAGCUCCAUUGGCCAGUUCACGAGCGCAAUGACAUCUGGUCAGACACAUGGACUGACACAGAUUCCAGGCGUCACGAUUGAAGCCGCUGGGGCUGGAGCAAAUGCUGUUCUCCAAUCCUUUGUCAUUGCAUUUAGAUAUGUUUGGAUCACUGGUGCAUGCUUUUCUUUUGUUGCAAUGAUUGCAGCAUGGCUUCUUAUUGAUCCUAAGGAAGAGUUUAAUACGCAAAUUGAUGCACCUGCAGAGUCGGAGGAAGCUCUUUAUACAGAGAAACGACUUGGUAGUGCUUAG